GCUAAUUGUACAAACCUCUGCCUAAAUUCUCUCACAAUUUUAAUUCUUAUAUCAUCACCCCCUUUGGAUCCCAUUUAUUGAUUCUUUUCACAAAUUCCAUCUCAAUUUUACAUCUUUUUUUCAGUUUUUUAAAAAUAUGACUCAUAAUUUUAAGCAAUAAGAUAACAAACCAACAAGACAUGGCGGAAUUUUGGUAUCUUUGACAUUGACAUAAAAAACUGACAAGAAAAUAGGGAAAAACAGAUUUUAUUUUUUUUAUUUCUAGAUUUUGAAUUACAAAAUUUUGUUUACAGGGAAUUCCGUUGUGUUUUUAAUUUUUUCCCUUUAUCAAAUCUAGGUUUUGAUCUUUUCAUUUUUCGGAUAAAGAUUGAAACUUUUUUAUCUGGGUACCUGAUUUUAUUAAAAAAGAGUAAUUGGGUAUGUUAAUAUAUGGAAAAAGGUGAGAUUUUUAUUGAAUUUUGAGUGAAUUUUAUGGUGGUGGGUAUGGAUUGUAGAGUGUAUGCUGCAACCGGAGACCCGUGGUUAAUGGUGGGUGAUGGUGGUUCCGGUGGUGGUGGGGGACAAAUGUUGGGUGGUGCAUUUAGUCAUGAAAGUGAACAUGAUUUGGCAGCAAUGGUUAGUGACUUCUUGGAAAAUGGAAGUAGUUGUGGUGGUGAUUCUCGGUGUAGCAGCGAUAGCGAUUCCGGGUUUUGUGAACUUGCUCACCUUGCCGACAAGAUUUCGCACUACAAAGUUUCCCCGGAUCAACAUGGGAUGGACUUGCUGUCAGUGGUCAAUUCUCUCAUCUUAUCCAUCAAUUCGAUGGACCUUGAGUUUCUCAGAUGUGGUUCUUGUAAAGCUAGUUGCAUAAGGUUCUCUCUGGUCAAACUUCUGAGGUUUUCUGGUUAUGAUGCUGCUGUGUGCAUAUCAAGGUGGCUGGGCACCGGAAAAGUUCCUGGAGGAGAUCAUGAAUACAUUGACAUUAUAAACUACAACGGUUCAGGAAACUCUGACCGUUUAAUCAUUGACAUUGACUUUAGGAGUCACUUUGAGAUAGCUAGAGCCGUUCCCUCCUACAGUAGGAUACUGAAGUUGCUUCCUGUUGUCUAUGUGGGUUCAUUGCCAAAACUGAAACAGUUUCUUCAAGUAAUGGUGGAAGCUGCUAAAUCUUCCCUUAAACAGAACUCCAUGCCACUUCCUCCAUGGAGGUCUCUUGCUUAUCUUCAAUCCAAAUGGCAGUCCCCCUAUCAGAGACAAACCCUAUAUGAACUAGAAACAGUUCCUUACUCCUUUGUUUCUGAACACAAACUCUGUGCUGGACACCUGAACCGGCUCAAAACUUUGAUCCAAUUUGAAAUAGAAACAGACAGGAACCAUUUGAAGAAGUCCUCGGGCCGAUCUAAGAUUGAUAGGUGGAGGCUAAGAACACCCUGAGAUGUAUAGAAAUUUACGGCUAAAUAAGACAAACCCGUCACGAUUGAUGCUUUUUUUUUCUGGCCAUCGGAUGUCCUGAUGGGGAUGGUAUACUUGUUUUUUUUUCCCGCACCUGAAGAAAUCUGGUGCUUUUGCUAUGUUUAUUUAUCGGUUUUUAUAGGUUUUCAUGUGUUUAUUUUUUCAUCAUUUGAUCUGAUCCUCAGUGUUUUGUUAUGUGGAUCUGAAGUUUUGUUUUUGAUAUAUAUUCUUUCAUUGAGAUGUCUAAAGAGGUUGCUUGAACUAUAUUAUACUUUUCUUCCAAUACACAGAUGAUAAAGUUUAUAUUUA